GAUCCGUCCAUCUCUUCGGCGCCCGGCGUGAUGCCGCCCGUGCGUCGAGCUCGCCAAGCAGAUCCCUCCGGAAGUCCGUACAACGACGGCUGGCUGUCGUACCAAUCCGACGACGAUGUGAGUGGCGGCGCGCCUCCAUCUGCAACCACUCUGCCCGACGACGUGCUCUUUGGGAUCUUCUCCCGCGUCUCGUGCCUCGCCGACGCCGCGCGCUGUGCCGCGACGUGCCGCCGCUGGGGCCGCGUCGUGGCCGCGCGCGCCGCCCCCAUCUCCCGUGCCCUGCCACCGCCGCCCGGCGGUGGAUUCCUUCCCCAACUCUUCAUCGGCGUCCUCCUCCAGCACCAGGAGAAGAACGACGACGUCCUCCGCCGCCGCCGCCGCGCUAGUGCGGGCGGAGGUGCGACGCAGCUGCGCUUCGUCCCGACGGCGGCAUUCGCCUCGCGGUCACGGCUCCUCGGCGACGAGGGCCAAGGAGUCGCCCCGUUCGACGACGCCCGCCCUGUCGCGUCCCGCAACGGCCGCGUCGUCCUCCAGUUCGGGCGCAAGGAGCGCGCCGACGGCCUCACCCUUUGCGUGUGGAACCCCAUGACAGGGGACGUGGCCAUGGUCCCAACCCUCUCCGGCAAGGAAUUCCCCGGGGACGACGACUACGCAUGCGCGAUACUCACCGGCGACGACCACCUCUGCUGCUCGCCGGGUUCCUUCCGCCUACUCCUCGCCUACGGUCGCCGUGGCUUCACAGCGCUACGGUCUUUCUCCUCGGACACCGGCAGCUGGGGUCCCGAAUGCAAGAAGCCCGGUGCCAAGCUCAGCGGCCACUUGCUCCGUCAUCAGCUAGGCCCGGCCGUCGUGCUCCACGGCGUGGCAUACUGGCCCAUGCAUCGUGCCGCGUUAGGCGUGCGGCUCGGCAGCACGGCGGCGGAGGCCGCCAUGGACGUGUGCUCGGUGCCAUACAGAUACAGUUUUGAGCUGGACGAGCACGUGCUGGGCGUGUCGGCGGAUGGGAGGAGACUGAAUUUUGUGGACAUAGGGAUUAUGGGACACCUAGGGAAGCCCAUAGUUAACUUGUCAACCUCAUGGCUUGAGGACGCCGUCGCCGUCGGCGGCGACAAGACCACCACCACCACCACCACUACCAACUCCGGCGAUCCAAGUGACGACGAGCAGAUCCCCAUGCCCCAGAUCAAAGUGGCGAGGACAACCCCGAUCAAGCCGUGGUGGUUCGGGGAGAAGAGUGGCACGCUCGUCUUCACCGUGGAGGAGGAGACGAGCAGGACAAGUGCCGUCUUCGCGUUGAACGUUGCGACGAGAUCGCUGGAGAAGCUGGCCGACGGCGUUAGCAACCAUACGUGCUGCAGAAGACUGUUUGGUUAUGAGAUGGAUCGCGCGGCGCUUCUUGCCUCGGUAGCUCCUCAGUAGUCAGUAGCGUGCCCGUGCGAUCUCUAUCUCUCCAUAGAUGCCAAAUAAAUAAUCUUCUAGUUUCAUGAUCUAGUUUCCAACAUACCAAUAUUUUAUCCUUAUAAA